GCAGGCCACGCCCCUACAGGAAGGAAAGGUGCAUGUGUAUGUUGAGGAAUAAACUUAGGAGGGGGUCGCAGAGGUGGGCUCUCGCAGUGAGGCAUUAGAACACUGGGGCUACCGCUGGCAGGACCCAGGCCUCCGAGGUUCCAGGAGAGUGCUCUUGGCAGUAGCCCUGUGAAGGAGUUUGACAGGCAUUGGGAAUUAAUCCCGGGCAGUUUUGGAAGCAGAGGGGGAAGUGAAGGUUGAGAAAAAGGAGCAAGGAAUGCCUGUGGAAGAGGCCAGCAUCUAGUCCUGGAAAGAAUUUAGUUCGCUGGAAGAGAGGGGCAGAUCAAAGUGCUGAAUACCUUAAGAAGCUUGAGAGAUUCGAUGAGUGCUUUACAUGAGAGGACACUGUGCUUUUCUGUAUUUCUUAGAAGACAACCUGCGCACAGUCAAUGCUUUUGGUUACUUUUCUGUACUGAGAAUAGGUGCACCUCUUACCCUGAGCUAUAUGCGUGUGCCCAUAUUGAUAAGGUUAACACAGAAAUCAGCCUCCCAGGCCAUGUUGGAUUUAAGGUCUGCUUCUUCUGUUUUGCCCCAGAAGAAGAUAAAUGGACCAGUCCUCAUAGUGAAUGACCUCCCCUUCCUGACCAACAGAUGGGAGAGUAACUGGGAUCUGUCCAACACUGGCCUCUGAGCUUAAUAAACCAGCUGAAUGAAGCAAGGUAACAGCCUCCUGGGAAGGACUUUGAAGUCUGCAGUGUGGGGGGGAGGGGCUUGGACACACCCCUUCCCCCAGACUCCUCCCCCUCAAGGUCCACUCAGCCAUGGACUUUGGACCUGGAUAAGAAAAGCUGCACAUUUUUUGGUGGAUCUGACUUGGAUUCUCAGUUUUGGAAAUGUAAUACUGGAGGAUGGGGGUUUGAUGGUCUCCAAGGGAGCGACUGAGAGGAGAAAGGUUCAUGACUGCUUCCUGAUCCCAUAGCCCAGGGGAAGCAUCUCUAGAACUGCGGUCAAGGAAACUCAGGGGCAGCCUCGAGCCCUCCCUUGCCCGCCCUCCCCGGUGGGGGCCAGGAUGCUGAAGAAGCAGUCUGCAGGGCUUGUGCUGUGGGGAGCUAUCCUCUUUGUGGCUUGGAAUGCCCUGCUGCUCCUCUUCUUCUGGACACGCCCAGCACCUGGCCGGCCACCCUUAGACAAUGCUCUCAAUGGUGACCCUGCCAGUCUCACCCGAGAGGUGAUCCGCCUGGCCCAGGACGCCGAAGUGGAGUUAGAGCGUCAGCGGGGGCUAUUGCAGGAGAUCAGGGAGCACCAUGCUCUGUGGAGCCAGCGGUGGAGGGUCCCCACUGUAGCUCUUCCUGCCCAGCCUCAUGUGCCUGUGACCUCAUCACCAGCUGUAAUUCCCAUCCUAGUCAUUGCCUGUGACCGCAGCACUGUCCGACGCUGCUUGGACAAACUGCUGCAUUAUCGGCCCUCAGCUGAGCACUUCCCCAUUAUUGUCAGCCAGGACUGUGGGCACGAGGAAACGGCCCAGGUCAUUGCUUCCUAUGGCAAUGCAGUCACGCACAUACGGCAGCCUGACUUGAGCAAUAUUGCUGUGCAACCUGACCACCGCAAGUUCCAGGGCUACUACAAGAUUGCCAGGCACUAUCGCUGGGCACUGGGCCAGAUCUUCCAUGAGUUCAAGUUUCCAGCAGCUGUGGUGGUGGAGGAUGAUCUAGAAGUAGCACCAGACUUCUUUGAGUACUUUCAGGCCACUUACCCACUGCUGAGGCGCGACCCCUCUCUUUGGUGUGUGUCUGCCUGGAAUGACAAUGGCAAGGAGCAGAUGGUGGACUUGAGCAAGCCAGAGCUGCUCUAUCGCACAGACUUUUUUCCUGGCCUGGGCUGGCUGCUCUUGGCUGAACUGUGGGCUGAGCUGGAGCCUAAGUGGCCCAAGGCCUUCUGGGAUGACUGGAUGCGCCGGCCUGAGCAACGGAAGGGGCGGGCCUGCGUGCGCCCUGAAAUCUCAAGAACAAUGACCUUUGGCCGAAAGGGUGUGAGCCAUGGGCAGUUCUUUGACCAGCACCUCAAGUUCAUCAAGCUGAACCAGCAGUUUGUGCCCUUCACCCAGCUGGACUUGUCAUACCUGCAGCAGGAGGUCUAUGACCGUGAUUUCCUUGCCCGAGUCUAUGGUGCUCCUCAGCUACAGGUGGAAAAAGUGAGGACCAACGAUCGGAAGGAGCUGGGAGAGGUGCGAGUGCAGUAUACAAGUAGGGACAGUUUCAAGGCCUUUGCCAAGGCCCUGGGUGUCAUGGAUGACCUCAAGUCAGGUGUUCCCAGGGCCGGCUACCGAGGCAUCGUCACCUUCCAUUUCCGGGGCCGUCGUGUCCAUCUGGCGCCCCCACAGACCUGGGAGGGCUAUGAUCCUAGUUGGAAUUAACAGCACCUCCUAUCCCUUUGGGAUCUUUUCCUUGCCGUGUCAUGAGCUGAGAUGGGAUUGCAGUCCCCAGACUGUAUCGUCCUGUCUGUGUUGCCCUUUGGGGUCCAUUUAUCUUUAUUUUCCUUUGCAUUUUUUUUGAGUAGCAUUCAAAUGCACAGAUGAUAAUGUGAGGGGUAUUCUCCCGUUCUCAAGGGAGUCAGAGGAGAACAACAAUUCUGAGGUAUGUUGGGAGCCAUUAUACAAGAAACCACUGUGUGGUAGGAAGAGACUUGGGCUUGUUGGGGCCAAGAAUGUCCACAUCCUGAGUUUUCUCCUAUGGUCUCUGCAGAGAGGUUGGCAACUGUAGCUUUCUUAACCAAGCCUCUUCUCUGAUUCGGUUCUUCCAGCCAGGGCAUGAGCCUCCUCCUGUCUCUUUCCUCUUUCACCACCUUACCCCGAUGUGGGGUUGGGUUAUGGGAGAGGAGAAUGUGUUUGUGGCCAAAAUGAGACUAACCAAAGGGCUUUCAUGGCAGGGUCGGGAUGGAGUUGAUGGGUUGCCAGGCUUUCUUGUCUCUUGUCCUUCUCUCCUUGCCGCUGAUCUCCUCUCAGCUCUUCUUUCUCUGCAGUCUAACACUUAGUAGUUGGAGAUGGAAAGUGGAGGAAGAAAAGCAAGAUCUCCUUGGCUCAUACACGGCUGGCAGGGGAAAGGUGGUGAGAGGAAAGCCUUUGCUCCCCCACCCAUUUUUUGCCUCAAAGAGAUACUAUCCUUGGACCCCCUUCUAAAAAAUGUCAGUCUCUGUCUUUUAGGCGGAUUCUGUGCUGGUUUGGUGAAAGACAGAUGAGGUCCUUUUGUCCCUUUUUCCCCCGGGGUUUGGUGCACAGGCCCCUCCCUGAAGACGGUGGCUUCUAGUGGCCUUUUUAGUCUGAGAUAGAGCAGCUGAGAUCAGGAUAGCUCUGGCCCUGGAACAAGUCCUACAUUUCCAUAUCCUCACAGGCUAGGAGCAAAUGGCAGGUUGCAGAGGAAUUUGUGUUUUUAUUGCCUGAACUCACUUUCACAGAAGAAAGUGGAAUCCACAGAAUUAUUUUCAAAAAUAAAGGCUGAAUUGUCUGAAAAGAA